GAGAAAUGCGCGCAUAAAUAUGCACUGCGUUAUCUGCGACGAUAAAUAGAUGUUAACGCGAAACGAUAAACGAGCAGCGAAUAGCGAAACAACGGUAGUAGCAUUGUGGCUACGCAUGGUGAGACUGCCGGAAUAAUCAAGCAUGUGAGACACUUAUAUGGGAUGAAUAUAUUAUUUAUUCUGAUUAUUUAUACAUAAUGGCGGAUCUAGCAAAGAAAUUGAUGACGAACAAGAUAGUAGACAGAUGUAGCAAGUGGGUAGAAUCACAACAGGAUUAUCCUUACUCCGAAGAAGAUACCCUCAAGCGAAAAUUGGAGGAAUCCGAAUACGAUGAUUGGUACAAUACAGAUUCGGAAUUUGACUCAGUCUCGGAAUGCGGCGCCAAGAGACACAAGGUGGGAAUACAAUUGAAGGAUGAAGUUUUGGAUUUGACUUGUGAAUGGACGGCGUGCACGUUUCGUGGCAAUCAUAUGGAUCAAUUUAUGAGGCAUGUCUCAAGUCACAUACCAAACAUACAUAUAAGUGUGAAAGAUGAUAAUGAGGUCUAUGUAUGUCAGUGGAAAGACUGUUCUUAUUGCACCGAUGUUUGCGAUGAAAUAGUGCAGCAUGUUAAUUACCAUGCCUAUCAUACUAAGCUCAAGUGUAUUGGAUCCAAUGUUCGUGCAAGAACCAAACUUCCCAGAUGCCGUAGAGAUCCAGAAUGGAGGAAUAUCAUAGAUUCACCAUCUCCACAUAUGUGUAGAUGGGAGGAAUGCUUAAAAGUGUUUAAAAAUUAUCAAAUGUAUCUGUAUCAUGUGACUAUACAUAUGAAAGAUUGUCCGCGUGGCAAUAGAGUUAAGGAUGGAGUUAAGUGCAAGUGGACUGGAUGCAACGGCAAAUAUUCUAGUUUAUACAAACUCCGUGAUCACAUGAAAUGUCAUACCAAAGAAAAAAUAGUCGCGUGUCCGGACUGCGGUGCCACGUUUGCUUCUAAAACAAAAUUUCACACGCAUUGCCAGCGACAAAUUCCUUUGGAAGUACAGGGAUUCCAGUGUUCACACUGCAAUAAGUUUUAUCCCACUGAGAGAAUCCUACGCGAUCAUAUGAGAUCUCACGUGUUCAAUUACAAAUGUUCCCUUUGCGAUAUGAGCUGUGAAUCGCCAGCGAGCUUAGCGAAACACGUUAGAUAUCGCCACGUGUCGACGAGAACGUUUCCGUGUCAAUUAUGCUCACAUGCUGCAAAAUCGCAACAGGAUCUUGAUUCUCACAUGACUGUCCAUACUAAUGGCCCAAAUUUUUCUUGUCACUUUGAAGGAUGCCUUUAUACAUGCAAAGGAGCUUAUACCUUGGAUAGGCAUGUAGAACGAGUACACAGCUUAGUGGUGCGAUGGUACUGUUGUCACGAAUGUCCAAUUAAGUAUCGGAAGAGUUAUAGAUUGACUAAACAUCUUUUAGAAACUCAUCAAUUGCAAUUACCAAGUGGACAUAAACGCUUCCAUUAUACACAGGAUGAGGACGGAUGUUACAGACUUCAAAUGGUCAGAUAUGAAGCUGUGGAUGAAGAGAAUGAGUCGUUCGUCGAAAAAGCAAACUUAUCGAACAAAAAAUACAAACUAGAAUUGAAUCAAACUACAUCGUUGACAAAAAUAAAUAUUGUUGAAGAUAAUAUGGAAGAGGUAGAAACUAUACAAGAUUUGCAAGAGGAAAUAGCUGAAAGUGAUGUUGGCAAAUCCAUGCCUGUUAUAUCAAACAUUUUAAUAUCUAUUGAUGAAGUUGAUGAGAAAGGGAAUGUUAUAAAAAGAGAAAUUGUUGAGACGCAAGAAACAAAUGAGUUACCACCAUCAGAAGAACCACCAUUAAUUUUAACAUAAGCAAUGAUAAUUCUAUAAUAAAAGAUAAUAUAAUGUAAAGAUAUAUUCCAUGACAUACUUAUACAUACUUUUAUAUAAUUAUAUUACAAUGUGAUUUUACAUUAUAGUGAGUAUCUUUACAGAGAUGUAUUUUAUUUUAGUCAAUUUUGAUAUUAAACUUUAAUUUUUGUCAAAAUUGUCUUAAUUAUAUUUAAGUUUACAGAGCAUUAUUUAGAUUUGUCUUUUAUUAUAAAAUUAGUAUUUAUAAUUAUAAUAUUACAGAAUGCAAAUGUAUGUUAUUGCUAUGAUAUUUUUGUAAAAAUUAUA